AUGGACGAAAAGACGGGUCAAUCCCAAAAUGGUGCCGCCAGCCCCAAGAAGGAGAAAGCGACCAUGCUCCAGAAAGAUGUGGGUCUGCUGAGCGGCAUCAGUCUGAUCGUGGGGACGAUGAUCGGCUCCGGGAUCUUCAUCUCCCCAAAGUCGGUGUUGCUGUACUCCGGAGCUGUGGGUCCGUGUCUCUGCAUCUGGGCUGCCUGCGGAGUCUUGGCCACGCUGGGGGCCCUGUGCUACGCCGAACUCGGUACCAUGAUCACCAAGUCUGGCGGAGAGUACGCGUACUUGAAGGAGGGAUUCGGUCCCAUCCCGGCCUACCUCUUCUCCUGGACCACCGUCAUGGUCCUGAAGCCGUCCUCGCUCGCCAUCAUUACGCUCAGCUUCGCCGAAUACGCCUCCACGCCUUUCUACUCAGGAUGCAUUCCUCCAGUCGUGGUGGUCAAGUGUUUGUCUGCAGCUGCCAUCUUCACGGUCGUCUCCGUCAACUGUCUGAGCGUCAAACUGGCCAGCUACGUCCAGAACUUCUUCACUUUAGCCAAGCUCCUCAUCAUCUUCAUUAUCGUUAUGGCGGGAGUUGUGCUGCUGGCACAAGGUAGGACUGAGAACUUUUCCAACUCGUUCGAGGGGACGGCUACAUCGUUUGGAGCGAUCGGACUGGCCUUUUAUAACGGACUCUGGGCCUACGACGGCUGGAAUCAGCUGAACUUCAUCACAGAGGAGCUGAAAAAUCCAUACAGGAAUCUGCCUCUGGCCAUCCUCAUUGGGAUCCCUCUGGUGUCGGUUUGCUACGUGAUGGUCAACGUCGCUUACUUCACCGUCAUGACCACCACAGAACUGCUGCUGUCACCGGCCGUUGCUGUGACUUUCGGGGAUCAAGUCCUCCACCCAGUUUCCUGGAUUGUACCGCUUUUUGUGGUUUUCUCCACAUUUGGAUCUGCCAACGGAAGCUGCUUCACUGCCGGCAGAAUUGCUUACGCGGCAGGCAGGGAGGGUCACAUGGUGGAGAUUCUCUCCUACAUCAGUCCGAAGCGAUACACGCCGUCUCCUGCUCUCAUCUUCAACGGUUUUCUGGCGCUCAUCUACAUCAUCCCAGCAGACAUCAACUCCCUGAUCAACUACUUCAGCUUCGCCCAGUGGACCUUCUACGGCCUCACGGCGUUGGCCCUGAUCAUCAUGAGGUUCACCGGGAAGGAGCUGCACAGACCCGUGAAGGUGCCGAUUGUCAUUCCGGCUCUCAUGGUGCUGGUGUCGGCCUACCUGGUCCUGGCCCCCAUCAUCGACAAGCCAGAAGUGGAGUACCUUUACUGCGCCGGCUUCAUCUUCAGCGGACUUCUGCUCUACUUUCCUUUGGUCCACUGGAAAGUCUCAUGGUCCCGCAAAUUCAUGAGGCCCGUCACCGUGUAUCUUCAGCUGCUGAUGGAAGUUGUCCCGCCAGAAAAAUCGGAAUAAGACCGCUGGAUAUUUAUCACAGUUUUGAUGAGAGACCAGCGUUUGCUGUUGGUGUUGACAGAGAACAGAAGACAAGAAGGACGGUGAGAGCUUGUUUUGAAGGUCAAAACCUGUGUUCGCUGGAAACAGCUGCUGUUAUCAGCUCAGCAACUCCAGCUAUCCAGGACUCUGAUUCUCACGCUGUGACUCACUGAGACAAACAAUGAACAGCAUCUUUAAUUCUGCAGGCAAUAUUCUUUCCUCUAAAGAGAAGCGACUCAAAGAUCAUCUGUUCUGAAGUGCUCAGAAUGAUGGUCCAGUUUGGUCCAGCUCUGUCUACGGACGUGUCAAUUUUAUUUUUGAGUUUCAAUGUGAGGCUUGUUGUCUCUGACUUAGGUGAGCUCGUGUUGUUUGUGUGUGUAAAGGUAGCAUUCUAUUGUUUACAAUGACCAC